AUGGGAAUGAAGGAGACCAAUUUUUACAAUAAAGUAUUGCCAAUUGCGCUUGAAAGAAUAGAUGAAGCAAAUAGCAUAGACUUGGCAACAAUCGCUCAGACUCUGGUUUUACUCAAGAACCUAAAGAUCACUGUGGACUCGAACUUGGUAAAGAGUAUCAUGAACAGUGUCUCUAAAAUGUGCUUAACUGAUAGAAUCAUCUCUGAAAUUUCAGCAACAAACUCAGUUUUAAUUCUAUACUCCUUUGCUAAAUUGAACAUUUUCGAUGAGGUCCUGUUUCCUAGGUUAUUGGAACUAAUUAAGGAUAUAAAUAAAGAAAAUUUUGAGCCUCACCUGAUACCACUGGUGUUGUAUGUUUUGUCGAUAUUUAAAAUUAAUGACUUAUCUUGUCUCUCAGUAAUCUUUGAGUAUAUCACUGAGUACUCACAUUUGAUGAAGCAUGAAAACUUAUCCAACUGUCUAAGCUCAAUGGCAAGACUUAACAUUAGAAACUACUCAGUCAUAAGAGAACUUGUUCAAAACAUAAAGAAACUUUUGCCCUCAAUAAGGGUACGUGAACUUGCGAAUGUUAUGUGGAGCUUGUCAAAGCUAAAAUAUGACCAUUCUGACUUUAUUAACGACUGCUUCAACAGGGUCAAGGAGUACGAUUAUAUUGAUCCAAUGUCCCAUGCUCAGAUAUUUGAGACAAUAAAGAGAUGUAAUUUUAACAAGAAAGAUAUUGUGGAUCAUCUUUUGAGGAAAUAUAUACCUAUAAUGAGGGAAUCACCAACUCAAGUCAUCACUCAAGUUGCUUGGUGCUGUUAUGUUCUUAAUUUAGAUAAAUAUAAUCUGAUUGAGGACUCCUUGGAAGAGCUGUCAAGACGUGAAUUGAACAAGGUGGAGCUUAAGUAUCUCAAUAAACUCUAUUUUUUAGAUCAUUCUCCCAUUGUGGUGAAGAACAAAGUAGUGUACAGUAAUCCGACACCAGUUAAUAUUUUUAAAAUGUGUACUAGAGAUGUAAAUAGUUGUGUGACCAGGGUCCGAUUCUCGCCUCAGCCAGGUGAUUCCCUGGCCGUUGCCGUAGAUUCCUCUGGAUAUAUCAGGAUGAUGGACCUGAAAGCACAGAAAAGCUCAAACUAUAAGUACUUGGAGAAUAUUUUCAUGGAAAAUGACGUGAAUCUGCCACAUUUAUGCGACUUCUCAUUCAGUAAUUCAGGAAGAUGCGUAUACGUCUCCUCAUCAGACGGUUUCGUAACAAUAAGCGCACUAAACAUGGUUGGAAAGCAUUUAAAUAAGGACAACAAUCUGUUAACAAUUCAUGAUACAUAUAUAGGAGGCACUUUUUGUGUUUAUCCUACUCCAGAAUACGAUUUUAUGAUAUACACGGGAGGAGGAGACGGCUUCCUGAGGCUCUGGGACCUUAGACUAAUGUCUACAAACAAUAAAUACAACUCUCAGAGAAAUUCACCUGAAAUUAAGGCCUGGAACAAGCCUUUGGUUUCACUCUGGGCCCAUGUUGCUCCUCUAUCCUCAAUGAGCUUGAAUGUCCCAGGAAAGAUAAUAACCUGCGGGUUCAACGAAAAUAUAAGGGUCUGGGACUCUAAUUCUCUAGUUCCGAUCCAGACUAUAGACGGAGGAUGUGGUGAAAUGGGCGUUUGGGACCUGAUUGUGGACGAUAAAAGCUCAAAGAUGGCGACUGUUGGAGACUCGAGUGUUCUCAGCACAUUCGAGUAUGAAUGUGACGAGGAAAACUUUGUGUGUAAGAAUCAUAGGAAAAUUAUGUAUGAAAAUUAUGUAAAUGACAGUAAUCUUGACUUUCUGAGCGACGAUCAGAUCUUAUUUAUGAAUUGGAGGAGAAUCUGCCAAUAUGGUAACAAUUUGGUGAUUCCAAGCCUAAACACCGUAAAUUCUGUGAAAGCUUUUAUUUUAGAUAUCUCUUCUGGUAAUAUUAUUGAUAAUUUGUCAUGCCAGUCUGAACCUGGAUCAAAUAACCAGAACAUCUCUUCCGCUGAUGUACACCCAAACCCAGAUGUAGGGCUUAUUCUUUCUGGAGGUUUGCUUUUUCUUAUCUUUACUUAUAUAUAA